AUGUCGUGCCAGGCGUUCAGCGCGGACUCCUUCACCACCCUGGCAGGCGACUCCCUGCCCCUCCUCAUGCACCACGCCUCCGCUGCCGACUGCCUGCCCUCCUCCGCCUCCACACACACACACAACAUGGUGUCCACAGGUAACCUCUCACCCUAACCCAUAACCUCUGAGCCUUACCCUCUGAUAACGCAUUCUUUCUAUCCCUCUAAACCAUUUCCAGUCUUCUAACAGUUGUGCUGGGUCAUGUUCUCUGUGGUGUAACUGUGUUGAAGGCUGUCUUUUUGCUGUGUGUGUGUGGGUGGAUAUUAGCAGUGUUAUUAUAGCUGAACCCUGUAGAACCGUGAAGAUCUCUCUUAGAUGUUUGUAGAUAGAAUAUAUCCAGCUCUUGGCCUUGGAGAGAUUCCACAGAGGAGGAUAGAGUUGUGUGUGUGUGUGUAGAGAGCGUAGGUGGGGUGUCAUCACUGACGCGGUUUGUGUGACCCCCACUUUGCCAUCCGGGCUGCAGACUGACAGAAAUGUAUUAACUCACACCCCCACACUGGCAUGCGAAUGCGCACACACACGCACAGGUAGCAGGUAGCCUAGCGUUUAGAGCGUUGGGCAAGUAACUGAAAGGUUUCUAGUUUGAAUCCCUGAGCAGACAAGGUGAAAAAUCGGUCGAUGAGUCCUUGAGCAAGGCACUUAACCCAAACUGCUCCAGGGUCGCCGUUGGCAGACCCUGGCUGUGACUUGACUCUCCGAAGGGGGUCUCAGGGAGAGUUGGGAUAUGUAAAAAACACAUGAAAUAGCACCCACCAAAUUAUUAUUAUUAUUAUUACACGCCUACACGUACACAAACACGUCUUACUCUACAGCUGAAGAUGCAUCUGAACAGUAAUGUCUGCACAGUUUCUUAUAAGAUUCACAGUUUCUCCCUGGUGUGUCUGUAGAUUAUUAUUACUGUGGUAUGGAGGACAGUAGGAGUGUUAUUAGCCUGUCCAGUUUGAGAGCUAAAUUAACAGUCCACAUUCACCAUGAGAAAAGACUUCACAGAAGAACACGACACCUGCUGACUGAGAUCAAAUGUUCUGUCCAUCGUCAUUGGAAAGGAACCCACACUAUAACUAAUUCAACACUACAGCUUCUACAACAAAGAAUGUAAAUCAACCACCAUUCUAUUGCUAUCACUCAAUGCAGUUUCUUUCACAAACAGGUGCACCCAUGGACAAUGACAUGGGUACAGCAAAAAGCCUUGUCUAAACUGAUCUAAGGUCUCUCUCCCUCCCCUCUACCUCUCUCCAGUUCCAUCAGGUCUGUCUCUCCUCCAGUCAUCCAAGCGUUCCCACAUGCACCUCUCCACCUCCACCCUCGGCAACGCCCUUAGCAACGGUCCCCCCGGCCUGCACUACCCCGUCACACCCUGUCAUUACAGCAACCAACAGACCACUUAUGGCAUGAUGGCAGGUCAGUGAUGAUGAUGGUGAUGAUGAUGAUGAUGAUGAUGACGAUGCUGCUGAUGAUGAUGAUGGUUUCCUCCCUAGCUCAGGAGAUGCUGUCUGCCAGUAUAUCUCAGACCAGAAUCCUCCAGACCUGCAGCGUCCCGCACCCAAACAUGGUCAACGGAGCAAACACACUGCAAGGUACACACACACAUAUGCACACACACACAGCACACCAUUAAAAAAGCUAGACUCCCCUCUAGUGGAUUUAGCUGGUGUCACAGUUGAUGUUUCUCUAUCUAUUUAGGUUCAUUGGCCCCUUGUCUGUAUAAGUUUCCAGAGCAUGGUUUGGGUGGGGAGUCGUGCUCUCUGAGCCACAGUUUCCCCCCCCUGCCCCCAGCCGUGCUGUCUGAGGAGCCGCCCCUGGGGGGCACCAAGGACCUCCGCCAUAGGAGCCGGCCCCCAGACGACCCCCCCGACAUGGACUCACCUCAGAUACGAGAGCUGGAGAAGUUUGCAAACGACUUCAAACUCCGCAGGAUCAAACUGGGUGAGUUAGAUAGCUACUGUCUGUCUGUCCUGACCUGUUUAAAACAGUUACACAUGCUCACCAUAAUGUAAUGGCUGACUGUGUGUGUGUGUGUGUGUGUGUGUGUGUGUGUGUGUGUGUGUGUGUGUCUGUUUGAAAGGGUACACCCAAACUAACGUUGGAGAGGCUCUGGCUGCGGUGCAUGGCUCAGAGUUCAGCCAGACAACCAUCUGUCGCUUUGAGAACCUGCAGCUAAGCUUCAAGAAUGCCUGCACGCUAAAGGCCAUCCUGGCCAAGUGGCUGGAUGAAGCAGAGCAGGCCGGGGGUGAGUGGACAACCAUGAUCUUACCCUGGGAGAGAGGGACAGCCAUGAAUGACUAAUGAUGUGGCCUUAAUGUUGUUCUUUCCACAGCUCUGUUUAAUGAGAAAAUGGGCAUGAAUGAGCGUAAGAGGAAACGAAGAACCACUAUCAGGUAACUACCCUCGCAAUUUUCUCUUCUGCAUCAAUGUAUGCACUCACUAACUGUAAGUCGCUCUAGAUAAGAGCGUCUGCUAAAUGACUAAAAAUGUUUUUAAAAAAUACAUAAAACACAUUACAAUUACAGAGAUACUUGAAAUAUGUUUGAUCAAAUACUUUCUCCCUCUUUAUACACUGCAUCCCUCUCCUCCUGUAGUCUGGGGGCUAAGGACGCAUUGGAGCGUAGUUUCGGGGAGAAGAUCAAGCCCUCAUCUCAGGAGAUCGUCCGUAUGGCCGAGGGGCUACACCUGGAGAAGGAGGUGGUCCGGGUCUGGUUCUGUAACCGUCGGCAACGAGAGAAACGGGUCAAGACCAGCCUUCACCACAGCUCCUACCUGACCAAGGACAGUCCUACCUAUAGAUAA